UUCGGAUGAAAGACAAAACCCGGAAGUUAUACUGGGGGCGGAAGUUUGCGGUUGCUAAGGUAACGGCACGCUGCUGUUAAGGUAACAAGGAAGUGGCUGAACGUGCGGACAGGGGGACGUUAUUAAGGCGCUUGGGGUGCAGAAAGAGAGAGUCUGUAUCUCAGGUGAAUCUCGCUCUGCCCCCAGCACCCCAGAAUGCUGUCAGUCAAUGCCCAGAGGCAAGUGCAGAACACUGAAAUGCUUUGGGCUGCACAGCGAGAGAGGCAAAGGGAGCGAGAUCUGAAGAGUGUGAGUGAGUGGAAGGAGGAUUUGUGUGGGACCAUGGCUUCACGCAUUGAGAGGAAUCACCGUGCCACACGGAAGGAAGAGAUGGAGCUUUUGCACAAAGAGUUGGUAAUGGUUCGUCGUGCUGCUCUACACAAACUCCUGCAGGAGGAACAGCAGCAGUAUAAGGACGAGCUGAACCUUCAAGGGAAGACUUUUUAUACCCAGCGCAUUUGACAGCCGGAUAAUUACCCCCCUCAGACAUCAGUAUUCCUCAGCCCUGAACUUCACUCUGAGAAAUAUAGAUAUAUAUUCAACCUACAGGGACAUUCACCUUUAAAGCCCAUUGGGAUGAUGUAUGUUAAACUCUAUACAAUUCACCAAAUCUCCAAGAUCUCUGUUUCAUUGCAAUAUGGGUCUAUGGGUUCUGAUGUGAACAGGUUUCAUCCAGGCAACGCUGGUGCAGCAGUCACUAUGGAAGACCUGUAUCCCAAUAUAUGUGCCAUUAAUAACC